GGAUUCGAUAUCAAGUAGGCAACUAGAAACAAAAGCAUCUUUACCUUUGAACUUUGAACUUCAACCCCUGUGUAUUUGCUUGCAGAAAUCAUCUUAUCAAGCACGAAGUUCAAGCAGUCAAGUAGGCUUCUAUUUAUUAGAUCUAACUAGAUUUCUAGAUCUAUCAGAUCUGAAUCUGGUAUCUUGCAUUUCAGUCUCACUCAUUUAUUAUCUAGAUUCAGAUACAUUCACCCUGCCAGAUUCUAUAAUUUUUCAUUUGCCAUGAUGCUUGAGGCUUGAGGCAAGCCAGGAGGGCCAGGGCCAGAGAUCGAGGACAGUGACAGUACAGUGUGAGUGCAGACUUCUCAAGACGAAGGCAAGAGACCUUUCAGCAGAAAAGUUUAUAGAUUUCUCCCAAAAUGCAGCAGUUGAUUCGAACAGCAUUCGUUACUGGUGGGGCACAGGGUUUGGGGAGAGGAUUCUCUAAAGCUCUCCUUGAUCGAGGAAUAAAGGUAUGCUUCGCAGAUGUUCAAGCCUCAGUUGGCAAGAGCACAGAAACUGAAUUUAAAAGCCUUUACGGAGAUGAUAAAGUCAUGUUCUGUCACUGUGAUGUCACUUCUGUGAACAACUUGGAAGAUUCCUUCAAUGCAGCAGUAAAAAAGUUUGGUCAUGUUGAUCUUAUGGUGAAUAAUGCUGGCAUCGGAGAUGAGUCAAAGCUUGUACAGAUGAUCAGUAUAAAUCUGACGGCUGCUAUUCAAGGGUCACAAAUUGCCUUGGAACAUAUGAGAAAAGACAAAGGAGGUCGUGGCGGGAGGAUUAUAAAUGUUGCAUCCACUGCUGGUCUCAUAGGAGUCUAUUUCUCCCCUCGGUACUGCGCCUCCAAGUUUGGCUUAGUUGGUUACCAUCACAGUAUGGCAAGCAAUCCACAUGCAAAAGAGAUGGGACUUCAGUUUGGAUGUCUUUGUCCAGCCUUCACUGACACUGCCAUCAUAAACUUUGAUGAAACGAAAAUGGAUUACUAUGAUGAGGGUCUCAAGUUCCUUGAAGCUAUUGGUAUAAACACAGUUGAUGCUGUGGUUGAUGGUUUCAUGCACUUUGUGGAUAAUGAUGACAUCAAUGGUGAUAUUGUCACUGUAACAGCUCAGCGUGGUUUUCAAGUGAAGAAUAAGCAUAAACGGAAAGCUCAUCUGUAACAGACGGGUGCCCUUGCUUGUUUUCCUGUUGCAUCAGUUGUUUACCUCAUGCUCACCGAAGAGAUCAGUUGUUUCUUUUUGUUGCUUGUGUUUUACUAUCACAUGUGUGACUGUGAGGAUGCAUUUUUGGAUAAAUUGUCUGGAGAAGAUAGCUACAGCUAUAUAUAUGAGAAAAUGAGUUAGAAACCUGUCCCACUUUGUUAUCACCCCGAUGUAACCUAAGAUUUUUAAAGUAAAGCGUUUUUUUUCACCCAUAUAGCCAUUCACUGGGUUUUUUCACAGUCAUGUAACUGUUUUUACUUUGCUACAAUAUAUCCCCUACAACAUGUGUUGCCAUCCAAGCUUUCACUUUCAGUGCAAAGAUGAACGAGCAAUAAAUAUCAUUUUUGAAGACAAAACCAACUUGCAACAGGCCUAUAGCCUAUAGGUUUUGCUUUUGCCCACUUGAUAUUCUAAUGAUACAAAUGUCAGGGAAGGAGGAAGGAACCAGUCUUUUUAUUCUUUAUGAAGCUUGAGGCUCUGUUACACAGGGCACAGUUAGAUCAUUGGCUCAAAAUCCAGCUUAUUUCAAAUGCAGAAGCAAUAUAUUUUUAUAUAUGUAUAUAUAUUAUAUGUAUAUAUGCGCAGCAUAUUUAGUAGAUUGAUAGAUGAUGUAAGUAAGCAAUGUAGGCUACUGUACAGUGCCUCAAAAAUAGGUUGCUUUUGUAAGACAUAUACAUCACUUGUAGUUAUAGCAGCAGUGCUUACUUUUUUCUUUUCUACAUUGCUUUUUUUUUUUUUAAACAUUAUACUUAUAUUAUAUACUUUAUAAUUCACAACCUGUGAUUUUUUUUUGAUUUUUUGGUGAUACAUAUAUAUAUAGAGAAAGAAAUCUAUACUGGUAUUCAGUGCCAUCUUUUUGUACCACGGGCAAAUAAAACAAUAUAUUUCUUAAAA